ACGUCACUUCACAGAGCUGAUUAAAGAUGGCGCUCCGGCCCGGAUCAGGGGGAGGUGGCAGUUUCAUGUACCCUGUUGGAGGGGGACUUGGACCACCACAAGGAAUGAUGCCCAUGCAGCAACAGCCACAACAACAGGGAUUUCCCAUGGUUCCGGUCAUGCAGCCCAACAUGCAAGGCAUGAUGGGAAUGAAUUUUGGUGCCCCAAUGCCUACCGGCCCAAUGGCCAUGCAGGGUGGCAUGGCCAUGGGGAUGCAGGCACCAGGCAUGCAGUUUAUGGGUCAACCGCAGUUCAUGGGAAUGAGGGGCACAGGACCACAGUACCCUGCUGACCUACAGAAACAGAUGGCAGAGGAGCACCAGAAGCGCUUGGAGCAGCAACAGCGCAUGCUAGAGGAAGAUCGCAAAAGGAGGCAGUUUGAAGAGCAGAAGCAGAAACUUCGGCUCUUGAGCAGCGUCAAACCCAAAACUGGAGAGAAGAGUCGAGAUGAUGCACUGGAAGCCAUUAAAGGAAAUUUAGAUGGCUUCAGUAGAGAUGCAAAGAUGCAUCCCACUCCAUCUUCCCAAUCUAAGAAACCAGACUCAUCGCCAUCUCACUCCUCUGUCCCACCACACUCCCCCUCCCCUGCUUUCGCAGAGGAUGAUGAUGAAUUUACUGACUUUAUACAAGGCCCUAUUGAGGCCUCCUUUCCCAGUUCCUCCCUUCCAUUGCCCUCCUCCUCCUCGCCCUCCUCAGGUGUCAAUAAAACACCUUUAGAGGCAGGGACUGGGCAGCGGCCCUCUUCCAGUUCUCUUCCCUUUUCACUUGCUCCCUCUCUGCCCACACUCACUGUCCCUCAUCACUCUUCUGUCAUCUCCAGCUCCCAAUCUACAUUUCAAGGACCAACUCUGGAGGAAAAGCUUUUCUCCUCGUGUGAUCUCUCAGUUGAUAAGAAGGCUCAGGUUAACUUUAAGCCCUGCCAGGCCAUGGUUGAGCUGACUCCCAGAUCUCAGGUAUCGGUACACUUCGAGAGUAGCCCCAGAGCUCGCAACUGGGCCCAGUACUCUGAUGACAUCAGCACUGCCUUUACUGUGGAGAAGACUCCUGAGCCUCCGACAGCUUCCCCAGCUCCCACAACAGCCGAAGCUCAGCCCCAGCCGGCAUCAAAUGCUAGUGCAGGUGUUGGUGUCUAUUCUCAGCAAGAAAUGCAGUCUUUGUUGCCAGCCUGGCUCUACAAUGACUCUCUUAUUCCAGAGAUGUUCAAGAAGGUUUUGGAGUUUACAAUGACUCCAGCAGGCAUUGAUACAGCCAAACUUUACCCCAUUCUGAUGUCAUCGGGUCUGCCACGAGAGGCUCUGGGUCAGAUCUGGGCCUCAGCCAAUCGUACCACACCGGGCAAGCUGACAAAAGAGGAACUGUACACUGUGCUGGCCUUGAUUGGAGUAGCACAGAGUGGACUUCCAGCGAUGAGCGUGGACAUCCUGAGCCAGUUCCCCACCCCUCCAGUUCCCAACUUGCCUGCAAUGGCUAUGGCUAUGCCUGCCGUCUUGACACACCAGCAGCCCAUAAUGGCUCCUGCCACGCCAGCCGUCAUGCCCAUGACUUCCAACUCAAUGGCAAAACCUUCCAACAGCUUCAUCGCCAACUUUCCUCCUGUCCAGGGAACCAAAGCAGAUGAUGAUGAUUUCCAGGAUUUUCAGGAGGCUCCAAAAGCUGGAGAUGAUUCAUUCACAGAUUUCCAAGGAGAGACAGGGGGAACAUUUGCUGCAGUGACUUCCUCUCAAAGCAGCAUUCCAGCCAUGCUGACUCCAGUGUCUGGCUCAUCAUCAUCUUCUACCUCUGAUAAGUAUGCAGUGUUUAAACAUCUGUCAGUGGAGCAUCCUUCAGAACCCACACCUCCUGUCUCAGAUCUUGGAGACAAAUACAGUGUCUUCAGAGAGCUAGAGCAUCCAUCAGACAGGAAGCCAGUUGGAGAAGGAUUUGCUGAUUUCAAGUCCAUUGGUGCUGAUGAUGGCUUCACCGACUUUAAAACAGCCAACAGUACUUCUCCACUAGACGCUCCAGACCAGGCCAAGACAUUCCAAUCUGCUUCUUUCCCAAUUCCUUUCGGCACUUCUCAUUCUCUUUCACAGUCGCAGCCCCAUCCAGCACCCCUGGUACAACCUAAAAACCCUCUAAACAUGUCAGACUUGGACCUCUUUUCCUCUGUAGUUCCUACUUCCACUGUCGACUCUAAAGCCACUUCCUUUUCCAAUUCCUCCUCCUCCUCUUCCUCUGUGGCCCCUUCACUGCUACUUCCUUCCACGGGCCCCAAACCAGAUGACUUUGGUGACUUUGCACUCUUUGGCUCAUCCUCCUCCUCAUCUUCUGCUUCUGAGGCAGCUGCCUCAGCUCAGAGAGGAUCAGGAGGAGGAGGAGCAGCGGUACAGGAUGACUUUGCCGAUUUCUUGUCAUUUGGUAAUCCUGGAAAGCAGCCAAAUGAGAUCAGCAAGGAGAGUGAUGACUUUGCUGACUUUCAGUCAUCCAAAUUUCAAGAGAAAAGCUUGGUAGAUAAGAUGGCUGCCUUCAAACAGACCAAGGAAGACUCCGCUUCAGUUAAGUCAUUGGAUCUGCCGUCUAUUGGGGGCAGCAGCGUGGGAAAAGAUGACUCGGAGGACGCACUGUCUGUGCAGCUGGACAUGAAGUUAUCAGAUGUGGCUGGAGAGCUAAAGCACGGUGCAUCUGACAGUUCAUUGGACCUCCCAGGCCUGAACUCCCAUCAGCCCCCUGCUGCAGAGGGUGACGAUCUCAAGUUUGACCAUUUCGGAAGCACUGGCAUCAGCGGCCUAAGCAGCUGCGAUUGGUCCGACAAAGACGAUGCCUCAUCUGGUCAGGGCACCAAAGUCCAGGGAGUUCCUGUGUCUGGGCUCCCUUCUUUAGCAACGCUUCACAAGAAGGAGACGUCAUUUGGAAGCUCUGAGAACAUCACACAUACAACAGUUGCAAAAGUCACCACUUUCCCUAUUGAGGAUGCAGGGUUUGCUGACUUUGCAGAUUUCAGUUCUGCCCAGCAUGCACCUAGAGAAGAGGAAGAUGAUGAUUUCGGUGACUUUGCCAGCACUGUUUCAGAAAAAUCAGACGCUGCUGAUACAGGCCUUGAGGCCACACAUCCUGAGGUGCCAGACGACUUUGGUGCUUUUCAGGCUGACAAGCCCAAGUUUGGCAAAUCAGAUUUCCUCAAGGCUAGUGCUCAGCCAAAAGCAAAAUCCAGUGAGGAGAUGAUCAAGAAUGAGCUUGCCACGUUUGAUUUGUCUGUUCAAGGAUCUCAUAAGCGCAGUCACAGUCUAGGAGAGAAGGAGAUCUGCCCCACACCUUCUCCUGCUCCUGAGCAGCAAUUUCGCGAUCGCUCCAACACCUUAAAUGAGAAACCAGCACUGCCAGUCAUCCGAGACAAAUACAAAGACCUAACAGGAGAGGUGGAGGAGAGUGAGCGAUAUGCAUAUGAAUGGCAGAGGUGUUUACAGAGCGCUCUUCAGGUGAUCUCCACAGCCAACAACACCCUUAAUGGUAUCAGCAGUUCCAGUGUGUGCACUGAGGUCAUCCAGUCAGCACAAGGCAUGGAGUACCUACUAGGUGUAGUGGAGGUGUAUCGAGUGGCCAGACGAGUAGAGCUAGGAAUUAAGGCCACGGCUGUGUGCUCGGAGAAGCUGCAGGAGCUGCUGAAAGACAUCAGCCGUGUGUGGAACAACCUCAUGGGCUUCAUGUCUUUGGCCAACCUCUCACCUGAUGAGAGCUCUCUGGACUUCUCCUCCUGUAUCCUGAGGCAUGGCAUCAAAAAUGCAAAGGAGCUGGCAUGUGGUGUGUGUCUGCUCAAUGUGGAUUCACGAAGCAAGAAGAAAGAGGAGAACACCAUUGGACGUCUGUUUAAAAAAGCACUGUCAAAAGACCCAGGCACAAAGUUACCGGCAUUUAAUUCUGAGACGGAUAACUUCAAACUGACAUAUGGCGGACACCAGUACCAUGCCAGCUGCGCUAAUUUCUGGAUUAACUGUGUAGAACCCAAGCCUCCUGGCCUCAUCCUUCCUGACCUGCUGUGAUUUCUCUCAUCCACUUCAGCUGUACAACCUGGUUUUGAAUGUUUUGCUUCUUUUUCUUAAUUUAUUUUCGUUGUACUCCCACCCACAGCUUCUAAAACAAAGCUUUUGCCUCUUUAACUUGGCCUGUUAUGUUGCACAGUUUUUUGAAUGUUUGCCGAUGUAAAGAAACAAGAAAAUCACUUAUUUAUUGACAUGUAUCUUUCAUUUUUUGUCUUUGUGUUUUUGACUGUCAGAUUUUUAACUACUGUAGAAGACCAACAUGCACCAACAUGCAUAGGGAAGAAAUCUGCGAUUGUUACACUUCUGUUUCACCUGACAGUCAUUAGUUACAUAAUGUGAAACAAUCUUGACUUACACUGUAGUACUGAUAUUGGACAUGUGCUCAAUAGAGCAUCAGUAAAAAAAAAAAUUAUGUAUAAAUCAAACAUGUUAAUGAGCAUAGAAAGUAGUUUUCCUCUUGAUCACACUUUUAUGCUCAGUAGGGUUGUGUUCUCAUUUAGCUUUAGGCUGUGGGAUUGUGGUGAGAUGUAGUUAUGUUUUUAGGGCUCUUU